CCCUCUCUCCCGAUGCAGCUGUCAGUUGCCUGGAUCAGUCCCAUCGGGCAUGGUUUUGCUCUAAUUUUAUCCGCUGGUAUUUCUGGGCGGUCGUCAGCCGAGGUCAGCAUAUCGCGCUGGCAGAGCGAGUCCCAGAGCCCGGGGAGCCCACCAUGGAGACAAAGCCGGAGGCAGACGGGGACGUGGCCCAAAGGAAGCGACCGGACAGUAAGAAGGGCAAGAAGCCGGUGUGCGUCGGUCCGCCGCGUCCCCCCAGGUCCCUGCUGUGCUUGGGCCUUAAAAAUCCGCUUCGCAAGCUCUGCACCAGUAUCGUGGAGUGGAAACCAUUCGAAAUUAUCAUCCUCAUUACCAUCUUUGCCAAUUGUGUAGCUCUCGCUGUGUUCCAGCCUCUUCCAGAAGAUGACACUAAUUCGUUGAAUUUCAAGUUGGAAAAGGUCGAGUAUAUCUUUCUGAUAAUAUUCACGAUUGAAGCAAUUCUGAAAAUUAUUGUUUAUGGAUUUCUCUUUCACCCGGAUGCCUAUCUACGGAAUUUUUGGAAUAUCUUGGACUUUGUCAUCGUGUUUGUUGGGCUGUGCACUGUGGUACUGGAGCACCUCAGCCCAUCAGCCAAGAGCGCAGGUUUUGACGUGAAAGCCCUUCGAGCAUUCCGAGUUUUGAGGCCACUGCGUCUGGUGUCAGGUGUUCCCAGUUUACAGGUGGUGCUGAACUCGAUCAUCAAGGCCAUGGUCCCACUGCUCCACAUCGCACUGCUUGUCCUCUUCAUGAUCAUCAUCUACGCCAUCAUCGGCCUGGAGCUGUUCAUGGGAAAGAUGCACAAGACGUGUUUCUUCACUGGAACAGAUAUCAUAGUGGAGGAGGAGCCUGCACCUUGUGCCCAUGCGGGCAGUGGUCGACACUGUGCCAUAAAUGGAACAGAGUGCAGGUCAGGUUGGCCUGGGCCCAACAGCGGUAUCACUCACUUCGAUAACUUUGGCUUUGCAAUGCUAACUGUAUAUCAGUGCAUCACCAUGGAGGGCUGGACUGAUGUCUUAUACUGGGUUAAUGAUGCCAUUGGUAAUGAGUGGCCUUGGAUCUACUUUGUCAGCCUUAUCCUGCUGGGAUCAUUCUUUGUGCUCAACCUGGUCCUCGGUGUUCUGAGUGGGGAGUUCUCCAGGGAGAGAGAGAAAGCCAAGUCACGAGGAGACUUCCAGAAGUUCAGGGAGAAGCAGCAGCUGGAUGAAGAUCUGAAAGGGUACCUUGACUGGAUCACACACGCUGAGGAUAUUGACGUGGACCACGUCAGACAUCGGGAAGGGAUAUUGGCAUCAGAUGAAUCUGGCUCCCUGGGCUCUCAGGAACUACUCAAGAUGGAGGGAAUGAGUCUGCUUUCACGUAUCAUCUGGCGAUGUCAGAGGUGCAACCCAAUGUUCAGGCGGAAGUGCAGGGAGCUGGUGAAAUCUAACUUCUUCUACUGGCUGGUGAUAUUCUUGGUUUUCCUCAACACACUAAUGAUAGCUUCAGAGCAUCACCUUCAACCCAACUGGCUGACUGAUGUUCAAGACACUGCCAACAAGGUUCUCUUGUCCUUGUUCACGGUGGAGAUGAUCUUGAAGAUGUACAGCCUGGGCCUGCAGGCCUACUUUGUCUCUCUCUUCAACAGGUUUGACUGCUUUGUGGUGUGUGGAGGGAUCCUGGAGACCAUCCUGGUGGAGGUGCAGGUAAUGUCUCCGCUGGGAAUUUCAGUUCUCCGUUGCAUCCGACUCCUGAGGAUCUUCAAAAUCACCAGAUAUUGGACCUCAUUGAGCAACCUUGUGGCAUCGCUAUUGAACUCUGUCCGGUCCAUUGCGUCCUUACUUCUCCUCCUUUUCCUCUUCAUUAUUAUCUUUUCCCUGCUUGGAAUGCAGCUGUUUGGUGGAAAGUUUAACUUCGACGACAUGCACGUGCGAAGGAGUACCUUCGAUAACUUCCCUCAAGCCCUUCUGAGUGUCUUCCAGAUACUUACCGGUGAGGACUGGAAUUCUGUCAUGAACGAUGGGAUCAUGGCGUACGGAGGGCCCUCCUUCCCCGGAGUGCUCGUCUGCAUAUACUUCAUCAUUCUGUUUGUCUGUGGAAAUUAUAUCCUGUUGAACGUUUUCCUGGCCAUUGCAGUUGACAAUCUGGCAGAGGCGGAAAGUCUGACAUCAGCUCAGAAGGAAGCUGCUGAGGAGAAGAGGAGAAGGAAGCUCGAGAGAGCUGCCCAUCCUGGCCGAUCAGAAGAGGAGAAGCUGCUUUUGAAGAAACUUGAGCUGGCAAAACUCAAGGCCGAGGGGAUUCCCACCACUGCCAAGCUUAAAGUGGAUGAAUUUGAAGCCAAUGUCAAUGAAGUCAAGGAUCCCUACCCUUCUGCUGACUUUCCAGGUGAUGAUGAGGAGGAGGAGCCGGAGUUCCCCCUGAGCCCCCGACCUCGACCUCUCACAGAGCUCCAGCUGAAAGAAAAGGCAGUCCCCAUGCCCAACGCCAGCUCCUUCUUCAUCUUUAGUCCAGAAAACAAAUUACGCAAACUGUGUCACAGAGCGAUCAAUGCCACCACCUUCACCAACUUCAUCCUGCUCUUCAUUCUGCUCAGCAGUAUCUCACUGGCUGCAGAGGACCCCAUUCGAGCAGACUCCUUUCGCAACCAGGUCCUUGCCUAUUUCGACAUUGCUUUACUGCUAUCUUCACCAUGGAGAUUGUUUCUGAAGAUGACGACCUAUGGUGCUUUCCUUCACAAAGGCUCUUUUUGCCGGAAUUACUUCAAUAUCCUCGACCUGCUGGUGGUCAGUGUUUCCCUCAUCUCCUUUGGAAUCCAAUCUAGUGCUAUCUCUGUGGUGAAGAUUCUUCGUGUCCUCCGCGUACUUAGACCUCUGAGAGCAAUUAAUAGAGCAAAGGGAUUAAAGCAUGUGGUACAGUGCGUGUUUGUAGCAAUCAAGACGAUCGGGAACAUCGUGAUCGUCACCACUCUUCUGCAGUUCAUGUUCUCCUGCAUCGGGGUACAGCUGUUUAAGGGAAAAUUAUACAGCUGCACUGAUCCCACCAAAAUGACAGAGGAAGAGUGCAAGGGACAGUUCAUUGUCUACGGCGAAUCGGGCCAGCUUUCGGUCCAGGAGCGGAUGUGGGUGAACAACGACUUCAACUUCGACAAUGUCCUCUCAGCGAUGCUGGCCCUCUUCACAGUCUCCACCUUCGAGGGAUGGCCCCAGUUACUGUAUAAGGCAAUUGACUCGCACACUGAAGACAUGGGUCCCAUCUACAAUUAUCGAGUGGGCAUCUCGAUCUUCUUCAUAGUCUACAUCAUCCUCAUCGCUUUCUUCAUGAUGAACAUCUUCGUAGGGUUUGUGAUCGUGACCUUCCAGGAGCAGGGAGAGACUGAGUACAAGAACUGUGAGCUGGACAAAAACCAGCGCCAGUGUGUUCAAUAUGCCCUGAAGGCCCGGCCCCUGAUGAGAUACAUUCCUAAGAACCCUUACCAGUACAGGGUCUGGUACGUGGUGACCUCCUCCUACUUUGAGUACCUCAUGUUUGCCCUCAUCCUCCUCAACACUAUAUGUCUUGGGAUGCAGCACUACGAGCAGUCGGAAGAGAUGGACCAGCUGUCUGAUAUGCUGAACGUCGUCUUCACUGGGCUUUUUGCAUUGGAAAUGGUUUUCAAACUCUGCGCUUUCAAAGCCAAGGGUUACUUUGGAGAUCCCUGGAAUGUGUUUGACUUCCUGAUUGUCAUCGGCAGUAUCAUUGACGUCAUCCUCAGUGAAGUAGAUGAGUCCGAGGACACCUCCCGCAUCUCCAUCUCCUUCUUCCGUCUGUUCCGUGUGAUGCGCCUUGUCAAACUGCUGAGCAGAGGAGAGGGUGUUCGGACUCUUCUGUGGACGUUCAUCAAGUCUUUCCAGGCUCUUCCCUAUGUGGCACUUCUCAUUGUGAUGUUGUUCUUCAUAUAUGCUGUCAUUGGAAUGCAGGUCUUUGGUAAGAUUGCCAAUGUGGAUGGGGCGCAGAUCAAUCGCAACAACAAUUUCCAGACCUUCCCCCAAGCCGUGCUCCUGCUUUUCAGGUGUGCCACAGGGGAAGCCUGGCAAGAGAUCAUGCUGGCCUGUCGGCCUGGCAAGCUAUGCGACCCUGAGUCUGACUACCAGCCUGGCGAGGAGUACACCUGUGGAACCAACUUCGCAGUCUUCUACUUCAUCAGUUUCUACAUGCUCUGUGCUUUCCUGAUUAUUAACUUGUUUGUGGCUGUCAUUAUGGACAAUUUUGAUUAUCUGACACGAGAUUGGUCCAUCUUGGGCCCUCACCACCUCGAUGAAUUUAAGAGGAUAUGGGCCGAAUAUGAUCCUGAUGCUAAGGGUCGGAUCAAACACCUGGACGUGGUGACCCUGCUCCGACGCAUCCAGCCCCCGCUGGGGUUUGGCAAGUUUUGCCCCCACCGUGUGGCCUGUAAGAGGCUGGUCUCCAUGAACAUGCCCAUGAACAGCGACGGCACAGUCACCUUUAACGCCACCCUCUUCGCACUCGUCCGGACGGCCCUCAAAAUUAAAACUGAAGGGAAUUUUGAAAAGUCUAACGAGGAGCUGAGAGCCAUUAUCAAAAAGAUCUGGAAACGCACAAGCAUGAAACUCCUUGACCAAGUGAUCCCCCCUAUCGGAGACGAUGAAGUGACCGUUGGCAAGUUCUACGCCACCUUCCUCAUCCAGGAACAUUUUAGGAAAUUCAAGAAGCGCCAGGAAGAAUAUUAUGGAAUUCUCCCGUCCAAGAAGAAGCAGACUGCGAAUGAAAUUGAGCUGCAGGCUGGACUGCGCAAUGUGGAGGAGGACAUGGGUGAGGACCUUCACCGCACCGUGUCCGGGGAGCUGCCUGUUGAUGAAGGAGAGCGAACAAUGGAGGACGGUGGCCUGGAUGAGACAAUAUACCGGAGAGCAGGAGGACUGUUCGGAGACCAAGCUGAUUCUUACCAAAUGGACAGAAGUGGCUCCUAUCAGCAACAAGUAACGAGCCAACGACCACUACAGUUCAGUAAAUCAGAGGGUGGAGGAGAGGAGGCAGAAACUCCACACAGCAGACUGACCGACCUGCCGUUCAACACAAUCGAAUUCUUCCCGUUGACUGAGAACAAGAACAUGAAUAACUCAAACACCAAAGGCCACAGCAGGCUUUACUACGAAGAUGAGUUUAAGAAAGAAAUUGCAACAUUUGACAUUGAUGACGAGCUCGAUGUCCAAUUGAUCCAGGCCAGACAGCAGUCUCUCCCAGAUUCGGGGUGGAAGUCAAGCUGCCCAGUGAACAAUCCUACCUCAGAGAACACAAACAAGACAGAACAGCAAGAGGCAGUAGUCCUGGCACGGCACUGUCUUGGUGAAGAGGUAGAGGAGGCCCAAGGACCACUCGAGGCAGCUGGUGGCCCAGCCUUUGUGGCUGUGAUGGUGGAGGCCUGUCAGACGGAUCAGCACACACCAGGAAACCCUGCACUGAAUCCACUGAAAGCUCGUUCCUCGGCCACAGAUCCCAGUGGCAGCUCCACAUCUCCGGUCCCCGGGACUUCUGAGCAGAUACUCUGAAGCUGACCUUGGGCCACACAGGAGACAGAAAGACCUCCCGACAACAAGGCCUGUUUACUGCUUAGUUUAUUUUGUGUGUAUGUGGAAUGGCUGAGGGUUGCGAGGGAACGCAAGAGGUUUCAGCCAGUUACGGAUGGUGCGAGAAUUCAGGCCA